AUGUUUCGCAACUAUUUUCUAUCGAUAAACAUGACAUCUUCUCAGCAUUCUUUCCUUAUUGUCUUUUAUUCGCCCCCUCUUUGUUCUUUACUCCCUUCUUUCUUGCGUUUUCCUUCCUAUGUUCACCCCUCUUUUAUUCUUCGAGUUCUUCCUUUUAUCUUCCUUUUAUCUUACUUCUUUUUUCCUAUAUCCAUUCCAACACACUUCCUUCAUCAUUCUUUCGUUCCCCAACCCCUUCAUAUUCCCUUUCUUUCUGCAUUCAUCUGCCUCUCUUUUCCCCUUCUUUCUCACUCUUUUCGUUACUCUCUUCCAUCUCGUUACUCCUUCCUUCUUUCCUUCAUUUUUUAUUUCUUCUCUCUCAAUUCUUUUUCUUUCCUUUCUAACCUUUCUUUUUUCAUCCUUCCUUCCAUGAAUUUUUCUUUUAUAUUCCUUCUCUUCCAUUGUUUCCUCUUCUGUCCCUCUUCUGUGUUACGUCCAUUGCUUUUUCUUUUCUUUCCUUCUUUUCUUCUUUCUGUCCUUCUUUUCCACUCCCCUUCUUCCUGUAUUCUUACCUCCUAUUUUCAAUUGCUCAGUAUUUUAUCUCACUCUCCCUUCACCUCAUUUCCUUCACUACCGCUCUUUCCUUACUGGUCAUCCUUCCUUCAUUUUUCCUUUCUUCCUUCUUUAUUUUCUUCCACUUUACUUCCUUCUUUCUCAUCACUCCGUUUCUUCCUGAAUUCUUUCUCCUUGAUUCGUUUCUUUCUCUUUUUCUUCCUUCCUUCCUUCCUUCCUUCCUUCCUUCCUUCCUUCCUUCCUUCCUUCCUUCAUUCAUUCUUUUCUAUCCUCAUUCUUCUUCCAUUCUUUCUUUCACUAUUCGUCCGCUCUAUCUCUCUCUCUUCGACGCAUCCUUCUUUUUCAUUCUCUCCUCUUUUCUUACUCCCUCCCCCUUUCCUCACUUCAUUGCAAAAUGAUCAUAGCACAAAACGAAAUUUCUAA